GGCGGCGUUGAGGUGGCGGGUUAACCAGGUGUCUCGCGCCGGUCUCUUACGGGGGAGGUGGGAGGGCCUGUGAUUGGUCCAGAGAGGAGGAUUAGGGCAGGCGGGGAGCAGCUGCCGCUUCACGCGCGCGGCGGGGUUCCAACCGUCAGUCCCAGUCCGUGUGUGGGAAGAGAGUGAGUGAGAGGGUCGCGUGUUCCCUCCCCACCCCCCACCCCGCUCCGCAUUUCUUCCAAGAGAGCAAUGUGACACGCAACAGGCGACCUCGUCUGAAAAGAAACGUGUGUAUUACAUACACUUGUCGGCAGGUUUUGUAUUUACCUUGAUGAGAGGGAGUUCAUUUGGUCAGAAACCUUAUUGUGCGACCUUCCAGGUUAAAAUAUGGAAAGAGCAACUGAUUUUCCGAGAGAUCAAAGUAAAGGUAAGGUAAAGGACCCCUGGACAGUUGUCCAGUCAAAGGAAACUGGUACCUAUGCAGCACAAGCACUACCCUCAAUAAAUCAAAGGCUAAAUGAUGUGCCCCAGCAACUUCAGACAGAGAAUCUAACAAGAACUACCUUUGAACAGAAGAAUCCCUUAGGAGGUAACAAUGAAGUGGAGCCUGAACUGAUGAAUCAAAGACUAUCUCCUCUAGCUGCUGAUUAUGAUGGACAUCUGAAGGAAAUGAAUGAACAGCUGAGGUUCUGUCAGGUGCAGAUGAGGGAAUUGCGACUAAAACUUGAACAAGUUACCAAGGAAAAUGAAAGAUUGCAUGAAGAAUUGAAAGAGGCUGUUGAAAAGCAGUUGGAGGCUCUGCAAGCUGGUCCUACCUCAGGGGAUGGUACAUUCAUGGAUGAAAAUAUAAUAAGAAACCUUCAAGACCAGUUACAACUAGCAAAUAAAGAAAAGGAACAUGCAGUAGAACUUUGGCAGACAGUAUCACAGGAAUUGGAGCGUCUUCAGCAGAUAUAUCAUGCACACAUGACAGAAGCACAGAUUCAUAUUGCUGAAAGUCAAAAACAAAAAGAUCAAUUGACAAGCUUUCAGCAACUAACAAAGCAACUGCAUUUCAACAACGAAAAAACAGAGUCACUUAAUCAGGUAUUUAAGAAGACUGUAACGGAACAGAAUGUAGAACUGGACCAGCUACGCAAGGAACAGAGACAAUCCAAGUUGGACUUGAGAACAGCAGCUGCUAAGGUUGAUGAAAUGACCAGACUGAUUGAGAAUCUUCAGGCCCAGGUAGAGAGAAAGGAAGAAGAGGUGCUUGCUGCUCAGGAAAGAGAGGAAGCAUCAGACAAACGCUUGCAUCAAUUGCAAUCUAGCAUAAAAGAACUGGAGAAAAGGCUUUGUGUAGCUGCCGAAGAUUUGAAAGAGCUAAGAACAGAAAAAACAAACCUAGAAAAACAAAUCCAAGAACUGAAUGUGAAGUGCACUGUUAUGGAAAGGGAGAAGAAUGAUGCUAUGGAAGAGGCUUGUAAGAGCAUUCAACUCUUAGAAGAAGCUAAUCUGCAAAAGAGUCAGGCAAUGAUAUGUGCAAAACAAAAAGAAGAGGAGAUUGAAAAUAUGAAGGAAGCAUUUUCUCAUCUGCUUCAAGAUGCUGCUUCAAGUACUAGAAAGGAAGUAGAAAAUGAAAAGAAAAGGUGCAAUAUUCAGAUAUCUCGAUUAGCAGAAGAAAUUGAUGCACUCCAGAAGGAAUGUGAAGAGAAGCAGAUCCAAAUUGAGCGGAGUGCUAGAGAAAGGCAAACUGUGGAAGAAGAGCUAGAGAAGGUGUAUCGUGAAGGUAGAGGAAAUGAAGGUGAUUCUAGAAAAUUAGAAGAGCUUUACCAAAGGUGUCUCAUUGCUGAACUAGCCAAAGAUGAUUUGCAGCGAAGUCUACAAACAGCACAAAACAAAAUUAAGCAACUUGAAAUGAACUAUGAGGAACAGAGAAACAGUGGUCAGGAAAUGAUUUACAAGUUGCAAAGUAUUCUGGAAUCUGAAAGAAAGAACUGUGGCUCUGUCAGUGAAGAGCGCUUAAAACUCCAGCAAGAGAACGAGCAGUUUCAAAAAGAAAUGGAAGAAUUGAGAAAGCUGGCUGUGGAGGCACAACAAGCUGCAAAAUUAAAGAUAAGCAUAAUGGAGAAUGAGCAUAUAAUAAAAGAGCAUGGGUCUGAAGUUCGUUUGAAAGAGAUGGAAGAUGUGCAUCGAAAGUCUACUGCUGAGCUGAGACGCCUCUUGAUAGCUCAACAGAAAGCAACAAAUCGGUGGAAGGAGGAAACAAAGAAACUAACAGAAGCUACAGAAAGCAGAAUAAAUAGUUUAAAAAGUGAGCUGAGCCGUCAGAAAAUUCACACCCAGGAGAUACUUUGUCAGCUGGAAAGAGCAAAUGAAAAGGUUAUUGAGAAUGAAAAAUUAAUGAUGGAACAUCAAGAGAAAGUCAACAGACUUCAAAGGCGACUAAGCCAGGCAGAAGAGAGGGCAACCACAGCAUCUCAGCAGCUCAGUGUGAUUACAAUGCAGAGGAAAAAGGCUGCCUCCUUGAUAGAGUUGGAAAAUACUUGAAAGUAAUAUAUUGUUCUUCCACACAACAUGUAAGUUGGGGCUUCUUAAGAGCAGCAUUGGAGCAUUAGGACAUAUCAUGCACAGAGUGACUUCUAUAAAAAUGUGCAUCACUGUUGCCCGAGAAAAUAAUCACUGUGGCUUCUCCACAAUAAACAUUAAGCAGGUAACUGCAAAUACAUAUUGAAGUGAAUUAAAGCUAGAUGGAAAGGUGGUUUUCCAUAUAACGUUUUGUUUUAUGGAAGAAAACUUUGCCACAAAGUUUGAAAUACACAAUUGCUGAAUUUUAAGGUGUGUUUUUUUUUUACAACUGACAGUACCUAGUGCUGUGUUAAUAAACUCAACAUUUUAAAACUAUUUUUUCCCAUGUAAGGUGCUCAAUUUGAAAACAAAUUGGCCCUUGUAAAAUUGCUAUUGUGUUUAUUAUUUUACUUUAUUUAUUCCUUAAUGUUAAUUGAAACCAGUAAUACUACUCUUUUCUGGUCCCCCACAUUCUUGUGGAUAUACAAACAGUUCCUAUUACAGAUGGAUACUUCAAAGAUGUUGUUUACAGGAUUCAGAAUACUAUUGCAUUUCCAUGUUGUAUAAUGUAGGAACUACCAAAGAAUCAAAAGGGCUUUUAGCAUUAUGGCUUGAGACAUGUGUUUCCAAUGCACACACACCUGAGUAACUUGGCUGGGAAUUAGCCUCUCAGAAAUAAGUGGAUGGGAAGGAAUUUAGCAUCAUGGCAGGGAAACCUUGGCCUUCUGCAACCCUGGGUACUAUUUCUGCUGGAGUGCAGGCUGUUAUCUGGUAGAGCUGCCUCAGAAAACUGGCACCUUAGCCAAAUUGGCAAGUGCAGCACAAGACUUUGGGUCUAUAUAGUAGAGUACCAUGGUGGGUACUUAGAGGAGGGACGAAGAAUGUUUAAAUUUCACAAUUUCAAUACAAUAAAAGGGGAGAGAUUGCCUUGUAAAAUGUAUGGAGUAAGCAUGAGUCACUGAAGUGAGAGUAGGAAGGAAUGUGAGAGGAGAGCAAAGAGGUGGCAGUGAGCCAAGGCCAGCUUCACUGAGAUGGGUUGGAGAAAAAAUAACUAUAGGAAGAAGACUGCAAUGGGCUGAAAGACAAGGAAUGAGAUGAGUUAUUGUCAUUUUUAAGUCUACUGAGAUGAACAGAGAAGGGGGAAUCCUCAGUAGCAGAUUAUAUCCAAGAGCAAGGAGAAAAUCCAGACUCCUAGCAUUUCCACCAAGUAGGGAUGGAAAGUGAUGGGCCACCUAGGCAGAAGUUGCAAAGGUAAGUCUAGCUGAAAAGCUUUUCUGCUUCUGGAAUCUUGUGGAAGUAGCAGCAUAGAUGUCAAAUCAUAACACUUGACGUGUAUUGCAAAAUGUACAGCAUUUAUUCACAUACAGACAAAGGCACAAUUCUACUAAAUAUUUUAACAAAAAAAUACAGCCAUCUUCAACUAGGUCUUUAUAAAUACUUCAAAAAGGGAGGAAAAUAAAUACAGGAUUGGGCCAUGUAAUAUAAAAUAGUCAUCUCUACAUAUACUUUAUUUCUGAUUCUUUUUUGUCAUCAUGCACCUGUUUUCAAAUUUGAGCAAAAUGGACACCAAAGCUAGGCACAUAGUGAAAAAUCAUCUGUACAGGGUUUUACAAAUGUAGUAAUGAAAGUUUUUAAAAGUUUUUUUAAAUAAUAUUUGUACACAUGAGACAUGUAUAACAUUCCAUUCAUUUAGGGAGUGUGUGUGUGUGUCCAUCCGUCCAUCCCCAAAACCUAACAGAUAGCAUUCCAGGUCAUUACAGAAGGGUUUAUUAAGCCUACAUUUCAAUGUAGUACACCAAUCAAAAUCAAGAAAUGUCUUGGGCAUUCUGCAUAAGGAAAACGGUGAAACCUAACAAGAAAUAACAGCUGUUUCCAUAUUAACAAAAUGAAUGCAGUAGUAGGUAAGGAUCACUGCUCUUUUUCCUCUCAGAGUAGCAUGUAACUUGUACAGUUGCAGCUAUGGGGGAAAGCACAAUUUAUUUUUCUCUUUUGUUUUUCUUAAUUUUUGGUUCAGCAUUAUUCAAAAAUCAGAAAGCUUAUUAACCUAAACAUGGUGGGGAGCAAAACAGGUAAGGCAUUGCUCUGCACAAAUGCUAUCAUUCCUAAUAGUGCAAAUGUUAUGAUAUUUCUUUCAAAAUAAGUCAUAACAUUGAAUAAUGUUUACUUAUAAUCAAAUUUAUUUUAUUCCUUCUAUGGCUUGAUGAACAACACCCUUACAGGGCAGGCUAACUGAUAAUAUUUCACUCAACCCUCACCCAAAAUACUUACUGUAUUGAAAAGUAAAUUAAUCACGUCCCUCUUUUCCCAUAUUUUAACAAGAACAUAUCUGCUUUUAAAGCAGCAAACCUGGUCAACAUACCUAUAAGAUAUGAGUAGUUUAAUCAGAAGCAAUAAAGCCUUAUAAAACUACAUCUUUCAUAUCACUAUUUUUUUCAUUUCCAGUAUCCUAAACUGUUGUCACUAUCUUGAUCAUGUUAAGAUUCAAGGCCUCAGUGUCUUAAUCUUAUUCUGAUCCAAAGCUAGGCAUGGAUUGGAGUACACUGAGAAUAGAGGUGUGCAGGAGGGACUUGUUCUAUUUACUUCACUUCUGGAGAAUUCCUCUGGUUAAGCACUUGCAACAGCCUCUAUCUGUGUGAAGUUCUGUGCAUGCGCUAAAACUCCAGUGUGCUAACAGCACCUGCUAGUUUAGGGCUCUUAAAUAUACAUUAAGGUUCACUUCAGAUGCGCCUCCAAACAUUUGUUUGAGAAAACAUGUACAAACCACAAAGUUGCACAUUUCCCUUCCCCUCCCACAUGGAUCCCCUUUCAGCUGCCUGUUUAAGCACAAACCAGUUUGCUGUAACAUCUGCCCUCCAAACUAGAUUUGGAAGCUCCACUUGCAAGUGUGGUUUCUGAUUCUAGUACAAGCAAUAUUGUAAAUAUGGGCAGUGCCAAACAAGAAACUGAGAGGAACCAAGAGUAAAUGGAGAUGAUGUGAUCCCACAACUAAUUUCUAAAUCUUGAGUUUGUUUUCAUUUGUUUUAGGAUUGUGACCUCUGUUCCAGAAGCAAAUAGGAAUGAAUUCUGAGAGCUGGUUCCCAAAAUACAUCAUCAUGCAAACUCCUACUAAAUAUAUUUGAUUCACAGGUACACACAUUACAUUUUUCCAAGUGGAGAAGGCCAGGGCUGCUUGCAUGUAAGGAACAUGUACUGUGUCAACCUCCCCAAGCAGUUUUUUGAUCAUUCAGUGACUUGCAUAGCAAGAUGGAACAGCAGCAAUCCAGUUCUCAGUUGAAACCCCUGGAAGACUCAAGUCAAAUUGCAAGGCUUCAACAUUUCUUUCAUAGCUGUAAACCCACUUCUUGCGAGUGAAGUAGCUGUUGAUGGACUGGGGGAGGGCUGCCCAUUUUUAUUUUUAUUUUAAACACCUACAGCUGCUUAAACUUUCUUAAAACUAGGUUAUAUCUGAUUUUACAUCAAAGUUCUGUCCCCAAAGUUACUGCAGCCUAAAACUACGUUAUGUGCAUUAUAGAUGCACUCGCGAUAGAGACACACACUCUAUGGGUGCAAAAAAGAAAGAAAAAGACUCUGAACGAUCUGUUCAUCUUAUUGCUGAUGGCUUAUUCUCAUUAGUUAUUGCAAUUCUUAAAAUGAUGUAAUCAGAACACAAGCCCCUCCUUGGUCAAAUCUAAUCCUUAUCAUAAAAUCAUGUUGUUAAAUUGGCUUGAAUGUAAAACGCUACUCACAUCUUAUUGCCUUUCCAUUGUAUUCAAAAUAUAUAUAUAUUUAUUACAUCCUUCUCUUUUUAUUUAAAGUAACCCUUGUGUGUCAGAAAAUUGCAUAUCCCAACACAUACCGUUAGUGCAUAUUGGGAAAGGCUGCUGACUAGAGCCUUUAGAAACAUGGGCAUAUCUUCAAAGCAAAUUUCAGCCUGUUUACCUGUCAUGGCUUCUCCCCAAAAACCUGGGAAUUGUGUGAUGAGAUGCUGAGAAUGCGUUAUUGAAAAAUCUGUUGCCCAUCAGAGUUACAGUUCUCAGGUUGGAGAGUAGACAAGGAAGGAGGGGAACCAUGACAGCAAAAACUAUUUACUAUUUGCAGUGUAGACGCACUGAGUCUUUCCCACUUGAAUUGUCAUCAUAUUUCGGAUGGGCAUUGUCAGCAGAAUAUAGCAGGCUACAAGUCUGCCUUCCUUCUCAGAACAAGAUAAAAAGUACUUUUAAGACAUACUCUCCAAAUUUGAGGAGCUGAGUAGUUUUCAUACUCUUAGUCUGAGUCCCUUCAGAAUAGCACUAUGCUGCUACUGUUUUCACAAUUGGUCAGCUUGGUUCUAUCCCUUCAGGUAUCUUAGUAGUCAUGGUAAAUUCCUCUUACCUGCUUGAUGGGCUUUUAUGAAAACUCUUCUGGGGUUCAUAAAGCUGCCAGGGAAAAAACACCACCACCACCACCCUAAAACAACAAAAAAUGCAGACUACUAGGGCUUAGUCCUAGCACAGCAUCACCAAAGUGACAAUUUAGAGUGGACGAUGCAGUGCAGGGUGAUUAUAACCACCAUUGUAAAUCCUUGUGUACUAACAGCUUGUGCUUUUCAGAGACAGAGGAAAAUCCUUAGUGCUAUCCACCUAAAUCAGGGUUUCCCCAUCCAAAUCUACCCCCAUUAAGUGUUUGAUUUUGAUUUUAUCUUUUAAUUUGUAUUCAUCUUAUUGAUCAAUUGGCAUAGCAAGAUCAUCUUCUCAUGUGAUUUCUUCAGAAAAGUUGCAAUUAAAAAAGGUUGUAAUCUCACGGACAUGACGGGUGGAGGACAAACUCUUAGUCAAGUGCACGUAAACAUAUUUCUACAGCCCGGAGAAAACAGGCUCACUCUUGGCUUAUAUUGUAGCCAUGUGUAAGGACCCCCCCACCCUUCUUGUCACACCAAUAAAUAACGCAGAGUGGAUAAUUUUUCCAGGCUGGGGCUUCACUGAUUCCAGUGCUGCUAUUGUGUCCCACUCUCUAGUCAGGAGGCAAGGAUGCUUCUCCUAAUGAUGUCUGUCCUCCUAGGAAUAGUGCUAUUUGAACUGAGCCUUUGUUGCCUGCAUUUCUUCUCGGCCAUCUCAGUUUCUGAAUCGCUCAUCUCAGCAUCAGGGGCGUACCCAUCAUUCUCGCUGUCCACUUUUAAGUUGCUUUUGGCCCUCUCUUUAGGGGAAACUCGACCCAGGCCCGAGUAAGGAUAGUUAGAGUUUUGGCGGCACAUCUCUUCCUGCCCUUCUCCCUGCUGUUGUCUUUCUCCUUUCUUUGGAAUUCGGAAUCCUCCCCAGUUUUUCACAGGGCUUCUGGGUGUCGUAGGCACUUUAACCGGAGUUGGAUUAUA